AUGCUCGUUGUAGUUCGACAAGGAGUGGGCGAGACGGUGAAAAAGUGAAUGGACGCUAGUACGUGUCGGUGAAAUUUUACAAUCUAAUCAUGAAUAUUUGAGUGUUUCGUUAAAACUGUGUCGCUGGGACUCAGACGGGUCGGUUCCUAAGGACUUCUGGCAACUACAAGGUUUCUUAAAGUCGGUUUUACAAGUGUUUAAAGCCGUCUGACCAGUCGGGGUAGACACACACAUACAGUGUUAGUUUUUGUGUGUUUGCGUGAAAAUGCCGCGGAACAGUAAAACCUCGCUCAUUCAGAAAAUAGCCAAACAGGCCAGUUUUACAUUUAAAGGCUUCAGGUCUCCAGGCAGCGGGGAGGAUGACCGAGUGUUUGUGGACAAACUGAAUGAACUGAUUUCUUUAGUGACCUCCGUCAGAGCCGCAGACCUGAAACUCUCUCCUCGAAAAAACAAGGCGAGCUCCGGAUCUGCGGGUCUCCCGAGCCCCCCGGUCACCUACAUGCACAUCUGUGAGACGGAGGUGUUCAGCAUGGGAGUGUUUCUGCUGAGGAGCGGCGCCUCCAUCCCACUACACGACCACCCGGGAAUGAACGGGAUGCUGAAGGUUCUGUAUGGGAAGGUCAGUGUCCGAUGUUUCGAUAAGCUGGAAAAUGGCCUCCCUGUGCCGAAACACUUUGACUCUCCCUUGACCCGUCUUCAGACAGCCUCUGUGUGGCGCUCCGUCCUUCGUUCAGUGGCAGAUUACUCUGAGAGCAGUGCGCCAUGUCUCCUCACUCCUGUGCAGGAUAACCUCCACCAGAUCAAUGCUGUGGACGGUCCUGCUGCUUUCCUGGACAUACUAGCACCUCCUUACAAUCCCAACGAUGGGCGGGACUGUCACUAUUACAGAGUCAUGCAGCGUGUGGGAAAGGGCGAAUCCCACGAAGAGGCCAACCGGGAGCAACAGGAGAAGGGGCCAGAGGAUGAGGCGUGGCUUCUUGAAAUCCCUCAGCCGGAUAAUUUUUGGUGUGGUGGAGAACCUUACCGAGGCCCUGCAGUAGCUAUCUGAGGGACACCUCAAACCUCUGAGACUGACAGACGGAUUGUUUCCUGCUCUUCCACUCAAGAAUGAAGACUGGAAUUACCAUUCCUGAUAUGGGAUUGCUCCUUCACUCUAUACUGCCUUAUAUAUACAUAUAACAUAUAUAUAUAGAGAGAGAGAGUAAAGAUGUUCCUACAUUUAAUUAGAAACCAUAAAAUGUGAAAUAGAAUCACAUCACAAUACAUACGUAUAUAUAUAUAUACACACA